AUGCUACGGGAGUUCUGGGCGAGCCGGCCGGCUUACUGGACCUGCUCACCGGUUGACGUCUCUGAAGACCCCGUGUCACUUCGCCUGGUAAAUGCCUGCUGGCUGUUCCACGUCAGCAAGAUCAUCGACUUCCUGGACACGGUGUUCCUGGUGCUGAAGAAGGACCACAAGAGAAUGACGUACCUGCAUGUUUAUCACCAUGGCUCUAUGGCCUCAGGGUGGUGGAUCAGCACUUUGUACAUUCCAGGUGGCUCCUGCUGGAUUCCAGGCGCCCUGAACAGCUUCGUGCACUGCGUUGUGUACAGCUACUACCUGCUGGCCGGUCUGGGCCCCCGAGUGCGGCCCUACCUCUGGUGGAAGCGCUAUCUCACCCAGUUGCAGCUGGCCCAGUUUGGAUUCAUCCUGUUCAUGGCUGCUCUCAUCAAAAGCCCAGGACUGCGAUGCGGCAUGCCCGAGUACAGCUCCUCGAUGACUAUGAGCCACGUCUUCGUGCUCUCGGUGCUUUCCGUCGGCUUCAGCAUGCAGUCGGACGCUCGACUUCCGCAGCCGAGUCGGGACGCUGCUGCCACCAGUCUGCACAACGGCAAGAUCCACGGCUCCGGGAAUGGCAAGCCCAAUGACAAAACGAACGGCUCUGCCAAUGGUUACGUCAGCAGGCACGGUGGUGGACUGAGGUCUGAGGGCCAGUGGUUCGACAUUAUAUCGGACAGCCACGGCCACCGCAAGAACUGA